UCUGCGAGAAGAUUUUAAUAUUAAUGAAAUACUGAGAAUGUGCGCAUGUGCCUGAUGCUCGUGAAGAAUUGAAGGCAGCCUGCCGGCAUAUAUGUACAUGACCUGGAAAAAGCUCCUAGGGUGGGCGGCUGGUGGCUUGUCGGCCAGCGCUGCAAGGACCAUCAUGGACCAGUUGUUGGAUGUGGGGAGAUAUGAGCCCGAAUUGGCCAGCGCAGGGGGCCGCCAGCAUAACUCCAGAGUCCAGGGAGAUCGUGAACGCGUCGAGCAGCACGACCCUUCAGUUAGCGCGCGAUUCGAAUCCAGGGACUCUGAUCACCAUCGCGAACCGCCAUUCGCUGUCUUGAUCUGGAAUGCGGCGGACUUGCUGUUUCAUCAUGGCCGGUACCGCUGGUAUACAUGUCACCACGGCUCAAGCUGCUUGCCGCCGACGACGAGAGCUGUCGAGUCGAAGCCGUGUAUCACAGACCGACAGUUGCUCCCGGCCAGAGGUGUAUGUGUCGGAAGGUUACGACCACACCCAUGCCCAAUGAUGAGCCAACAAAGGAUCUGAAAGCGCAACCAUCGUCACAAGAAUACAGUUGGGCUGUUGCAAGCCCGAGACGCGCCGGUUGGUGAACACGCGCACUCAAGUCCGGUCAUGCGAGGAGCAGGAUGUGGCUAGAGACUCUCGGCCUGACUGUCCAUCAUUGCUGUUUAGCCUCCUGUUUGGGUAAGAAAGAA